AAACCAUCAUAAUCAAAACCCUAGACGAAUGCAGCGGCGGCGCGUUGAAUCACGCUCCGCAACAGCGCGUGGGGUUUCGACUAUCCUGUUUAUAUAUAUUAAAAGAAAAAAAAUUAGGAGCAGAGCCCAUUGUAGUCUCUAAGACGUACAUUAUUAUUAUUUAUUUUUUAUUUAUUUUCUCUCUCUAAACAAAAACAAAGAACAACAACAGAACGACUUUGCUCUUUCACUUUCAUUUAUUUUAAUUUAUCUAUUCUUUUUCUGCUCUCUCAGUCCUCCAAUUCAGCCUUCGUAGCCAUGAAAACUCAGGCUCCGUAAAAACCCAGGUUCCAUCUUUCACGUGGGUUUUGGCUAGUUUUCUUGUUUGUUUUUCAUCUGAAGAGAUGGAUUAUGUUGAAAUGAAUGUUAUGGAUUCCAAAAAGGGUGUAUGUGUAUCUGGUGGAAACUCAACUUCUACAGAAGUUUCUGAUGUAUUUGAUAUCUUUGGAGAACCAGAGAUACUUCCUAGAGUUGGAAGUGAAUACCAAGUUGAGCUUCCCUCUUUAAUUACAGUACAUGAGUAUUUAAGGCUUUCAAAUAGCUUUGCUGAGGCAGAAAUAAGUUUUAGAGGCCCUCAAAAUGUUCUCACUGGAAUGCCUAUACCAGUAGUGUGGAUAAGUGAGAAAACUAAUGAGAACAAAGAUCUUGAAGAACAGGAAGCUUUAAAGGGUGUUGAUGUGAACAACAAGAAUGAGCUUUUACAAUCUGAAUGUGUAGAUAUUACAUCUAAACUUAAACUUGAGCUAUUAGAUGUCACUUCACUUAAAUUAGGUGAAUCAGAAGACUUCUUUUCGAAAAACUGUGCAAAGGUUGAAGUAUUGCAGCCUGAAGAUGAAGGACAAGGCCAGUUUCUAGUACCUGGCUGCUUGGGUGACAUAUGGAGUAGGAUAGAGGAGGCUGGUUUUCUUCUUGGUUUGUAUAUAUUUGGGAAGAACCUUGUUGUGGUGAAGAGAUUCAUUGAGAGUAAGCAAAUGGGGGAAAUGUUGUCAUACUACUAUGGAAGAUUUUACGGGUCUAAAAGAUACCGUAGAUGGUCAGAGUGUCGAAAAAUCAAAAGCAGAAGGUCUAUAUUUGGACAGAGAAUCUUCACUGGAUUAAGGCAUCAAGAAUUGCUGUCUCGUUUGCUUCCCCAUGUAUCAGAAGAAUGUCAGAUCACUGUUCAGCAGAUCUCUAAGACAUAUGGGGAGGGAAAAAUUUCACUAGAACAAUAUGUGCUCACUUUGAAGGCUACAUUUGGGUUGCCUGCUCUUGUGGAAGCAGUGGGAGUUGGAAAAGGGAAGCAAGAUCUCACAGGAAUCGUCAUGGAUACUCCUAAAGCCAAUCAACAUGCUCCUGUGCGUCCAGAAAUACCGAUGGGCAAGGCAUGUUCAGCACUUACCACCCCAGAGAUCAUCAAAUUUUUAACUGGUGAUUUCCGGCUUAGUAAAGCUCGGUCAAGUGAUCUAUUUUGGGAAGCAGUUUGGCCUCGCUUGCUUGAUAGAGGGUGGCACUCUGAGGAGCCUUAUAAUCAUGGCUUCCCCACUGGUUCCAGGAAUUCUUUGGUCUUUCUAAUACCCGGCAUCAAGAAGUUCUCGAGAAGGAAACUAGUGAAGGGAGAUCACUAUUUUGAUUCUGUUAGUGAUGUCCUGAGAAAAGUUGCCUCAAAUCCUGAACUUAUAGAGAUUGAGUGUGACAGAAGCAAGGAAGAAAAUGGAUGGACUGACGAAACAAAAGUGGAACAAGAAGACAUUCUAAAUAAAGAAAGCCAUUGUUAUCUCAAGCCGCGCACUCCCAUUCAGGGUGCCAAUGUCACUAAGUUUACUGUUGUGGAUACAAGUUUGUCAAAUGGAAAAUCAUGUUCAGUGAGGGAAGUUAGAUGCUUGCCAGGUGAAAGUAUGAACUCUCGUACCUCUUCUCUAAGUGACUCUGAAGAAGAAGAUGAUGGAGAGAUUCAUGAUGAUGAAUUUGAUGAUAAAUAUAGUUCUUCUGAUACCUUUGGUUUGAACAAGGAUGAGACUAAUGAUCUCAGAGCCACAAUCACCAAUUCAUGUAAAACAUUACCUUAUUAUGGUUACAAACAGAGUUAUUUGGUUAAUGGCGCCAGUUUUACUACUUUGCCUGCAAAUAAUUUUGAAGAUGAGGAGGCUGAUACACUCAGACACAUACAACAAGACAAGGCUACAAAAUCCAAAUUUGUUAAGGAAAUGGUUUCUGCAGAUAUACACCCUUUUGUCCCAGUUGCAAAAAGGCGCCGAAGAUCACCCCCAAGACGAAAGGAGGCAACAAGCCUCAGCACAGCCAACAGCAGGGUUGAUUUGACAUUCCAACAAGAAGCCAAGAGCUGUAUAAACAGUUGUGAUUUUAGUGAAAGCAUUGUCACUCAUACCAAGUUACCAGGCAUCCCUAAUAGUAAUCUUUUAGCAGCUGAACAUCCUCUUGAGAAACCUCCAUUUCGCGCACUCUUUGACUUAAACAUACCUUUCUCUCAAGAUGCUGAAACCGAUAUUUUCAUGACGGAUUAUAAGACUAACAACGAAGUUGAUAAACCUCAGGCAGUGAAAUCCCCUGAAUGUGGAACUAAUUCUGAGCAGGAAACAAAGGUGAGCUCCCGAAGACACAGUACAAGAAAUCGUCCGUUGACCACUAAAGUCCUGGAAGCUUUUGCUUGUGGAUAUUUAGACACAAAACAGAAGAGAAAAACAAAGAAUAAUGCAUUUGGUGGGGAGAACUUGAGGUUGCUGAGAACCCCAAAAAGAGCUCGCACCUGUAGUGUGACACCUUCAGAGUCAGAGAGUCUGAAUUCCUUCACUGUGGAUUUCACUGUGAACCAAAAUGGAAAUGCUAUAAAAAACAGUAAUACUGUUGCUGCUGCUGCUGCUGAAGUUUUCAACAAUCCUGGAAAUGCUAUGAAAAACAGUAAUGCUGCUGCUUCUGAGGUUUUCAACUAUCUUGGAAAUGACAUAUGUUUUAAAACUGGUUAAUAGGAACUCACUUUGCGUGGCUCACAAACAAGUGGAAUAUGUAAACCACCUUUGCUAGCUAUGGUAGUUCAAGUUAAAUGGCCCUUGAAAACCAUUACUUUCAUGGUAGAGUGUUCACCUUUUGCACAGGUAGUAGUAGUAGUAGUUCCUUACAACUAGAUGUCAAUACAAAAACCACAGUUGUAAACCAAAACAUAGUUCGUCUAUUUCAAAGUUUCUGCUUUAAUAUGCUGAGUCAAUUUUAGUUACAUAUUCAUAUUAGGAGUAUAGUCUUUUUUUCUUGUUCUUCUAGAUACUAAUAUAUAUAGCAUAAAAGGCAAACAUAAAUUGCCCCCCUCUGCCCCCUUCGUUUUUUUUUCUUCCCUCUUUCUUGUUCCUUCCUACUUUGAAUAAUAAAAGUUCUAUAGAGUUUUUCAU